AAUUCAAAAUAUAUUAUUAAAGAUCACUCAACUUUGAAUUAUAUAAUAAAAUUUCCUCGGAUCCUUCUGCUCCUUCAAAACAUACUUAGGUAACCGAACUGCUUAUAAAGGUUAACCAAUUUUGAGAUAUAUAAUAAAAUUUCUCCGAUCCUUCUUCUGCUCCUCCAAAACAUAUAUACGUAACCGAACUGCUUGCUUCGCACCAGGAUCAAGCGGAAGGCGGGCGCACAGACGCAGGGGUGAGGGCACGGCCGGCAGCGCCUGCACGGACGCCGUGGAUCUCGUCGACGACAUUGGUCGGGGAAGCUCUCUGCCUGGACGGACGCCGUGGAUCUCGGCGACGACGUUGUGGGGUGAAGCUUCGCGGGUGGCGACCCGCUGCGGGCUUGCUUGAAGGGCGUGCGCAACGAGCUCAGGGAGGACUCCGGUCAGGUAGAGUGCGGGUUCGGUUGCUCGAGGAGAUGGAGAACAAUGAGACCAAAAAGAUGAAGCGGCUGGGGAAUUUUGAGCUUCCAGACUUCUUCAACUACGCUCCUUACUUCACUUUGCAGCCAACGAGGGCAACAGGUGAAAUGCAAGUGCGUCUAUGGAAAGAACUGAUACUUCAAUAUUGUAAAAGCCAACGGAUAUACAUCGUCUCACUUGAACAAGAUUUUCCAUUGUUCUCCAAUCCAGCGAUUGAAAGAUCUCUAUCCCGUGAGGCAAAGGAAGUUUUCCUUUCAGCUCUUGUUACUGAAGGGCAUGCGGAGUGGAUGGACAGGAAUCACAACACGUGUCUGAUUCUCUGGCUAAGGAUACAAGAUUGGGCCAGCUACAUAUUAAGCUUUGUAAAGGAGAAUGGAUUGGGGAGCACAAUGCCUAUUGAAGAUAUACGCUCCGGAUUUGACACACGUGGAACUGAACUCGCUGGAAUUGAUAGCAUUGUUCUAAUGCGUGCUCUGCGAUUGUUGGAACAACAGGGCAAAGCUGCUAUCUUCAAGGUCAAUGAUUGUGAAGGCGUAAAGUUCUGUGUCUGAACUAUGUACAAUAGGUGGCCAGUAUCUCUUGGUCGAUGUCUUUGGCUAUGCCCCUGCAUGCCAUUAUGGUGACAAAACCUGUAUGAACGUCUAUAUUGCACAUGUUCAAGAUGCAUUACGUCGUUUAUCCAUCGGCUGCUCUAAUGCCCAUACUGUAAGGGGUUGUGUGUCGCAAGCUUUAAGGAGAGUACAAAUCAAUUCCCAAUCUCCUACUUUUCAGAGGAUGCAUCGAUAUG